AUGGGGAUUGCAUAUGCAUUGCAUGCACAAAUUGAAACAGAGAAACGGUUGGCCCUAAUUAAAGCAUGGGAGGAAAGUGAGAAAACAAAAGCAGAGAACAAGGCAUAUAGAAGAAUGUCAACAGUAGAAUUGUGGGAGGACAGCAAGAAAACUUCUGUGGAGGCAGAACUCAAAAAAAUUGAGGAAAAAUUUGAAAGAAACAAGGCAGAGUAUGCUGAGAAAAUGAAGAACAAAGUGACCGAAAUUCACAAGGCAGGAGACGAAAGGAGAGCUUUCAUUGAAGCCAAACAAAGAGAGCAAUGCCCCAGGGUGGAGGAGACAGCUGCAAAGUUUCGUUCUACCGGAAUUGCACUAAAGAAAUUGCUACUUGGGUGCUUCAUCAGCCAGCAUUCUGCAGUUAUGUAA